CAUAGGCGCGCUCUAAACUUCCCUCACCCCCACUCACUUGAAAUACGGCGCAGCAGAGCAGCAGGGAAGUGCUGUGGUCUCUCUCGAUCUUUUGGGAAAAUAAAAGAUGGUAUCAGCUCUAACUCGUCUGCUGCUCCUCACCUGCGUGAUUCUACCUUUCCACGGAGCAGAGAAAUUGAGAAAGGSACUUGACAGGAAGGAUGUUGAAUACGAAAAGUGUACUGGAAACGAUGCAGAYAAACCAAACUGCACCAGAAUCUCUGCUGAAUCCGAUUCAAGAACCUCUUAUUUGAACAACAUGUACAACAGCUGCCCCCAGGGUCCGGCUGGUACCCCUGGCAGGGAGGGUAACCCUGGCACCAAUGGCAUCCCUGGGACCCCUGGCAUCCCGGGGCGCGAUGGCAUCAAGGGGGAGAAAGGAGAGUGUGUGAGUGAGGUGUUUGAGGAGCCMUGGAAACCCAACUACAAGCAGUGUGCCUGGAACUCACUCAACUAUGGGAUCGACCUGGGCAAGAUAGCUGACUGUACAUUCACCAAGCUGCGKUCAGACAGUGCCCUGCGUGUGCUCUUCAGYGGCUCCCUGAGGCUGAAGUGUAAGACAGCCUGCUGCCAGCGUUGGUACUUCACCUUCAACGGAGCUGAGUGUACAGGACCUCUGCCCAUCGAGUUCAUCAUCUACCUCGACCAAGGCAGCCCUGAGCUCAACUCCACCAUCAACAUACACAGAACCUCAUCUGUUGAAGGGUUGUGUGAGGGGAUCCGGGCAGGCCUGGUGGACGUGGCUAUCUGGGUGGGGACCUGUGCUGACUACCCCAGAGGAGACGCAUCUACAGGGUGGAACUCCGUAUCCAGGGUCUUCAUAGAGGAGCUGCCCAAAUGAGGCCGUCUUUAUUAAGUGAUGGGACCAGGCCCCAUAGAGAAAGAACCCCUAACAGUCCUUCUGAAGCCUUUGACUACAUAUCAGUUUAGUUUCUGGAUGGGUUCCUAGUCUUUGACAAUGUCCUCUGGCCAAUCAGACAACUUCAGUUGUGGCUAAAGCCUACUACAGUAUCACUGAUGUUCACUUGAAURUUUUGUACUACAGCACAUAGGUAGGGUCUAGUUUAUUGGCCACCUGAAAUUWGAUUUAUUCCUCAUUAGUCCCAUUCCUGUUUAAUAAGGCAAGAUUUUGGCUGCGCUUGUAAUCUGUUGAAGUCCUUACAUUUUUAAAUGAAUUACUGUCAAUAAAGUAAUAUUUUGUAUGAAUCAA